UCUACUCACAUCUCCUCUCAUCUACACCUUUUGCCUCACUUCUAACUCACUCUCCUAAUCGCAAAUUCUAGGGUUAGGGUUUUCAUUUCUAAGCAUAUUAGAAAAUGAGUUCUACUGGUUCAACCAAGGGUGGGAGGGGCAAGCCCAAGGCUUCCAAAUCCGUUUCUAGAUCACAGAAAGCUGGCCUUCAAUUUCCUGUUGGAAGAAUUGCUCGAUUUCUCAAAGCUAGCAAAUAUGCUGAGCGUGUUGGUGCCGGUGCUCCAGUCUACCUCUCUGCAGUGCUUGAAUAUCUGGCAGCCGAGGUUUUGGAACUGGCCGGUAAUGCUGCCAGAGACAACAAGAAGAAUCGUAUUGUUCCUAGGCAUAUUCAGCUUGCGGUGAGGAAUGAUGAGGAACUGAGUAAGCUUUUGGGGUCUGUCACCAUUGACAAUGGAGGUGUGUUGCCCAAUAUUCAUCAAACUCUUCUUCCCAAGAAGGUUGGCAAGGGGAAAGGCGAAAUUGGGUCUGCCUCUCAAGAGUUUUAGGGUUUUAAUGACUCUUUUUAGAAAAAUAGGUUAAUUUCGUUUUGGUUGUAAUAUACUUGGUUUCGUUUAUCUCUAUAUAUUUCCCGAGAGGUUAAGUGUUUCUCAGUCCGAUGAACUAAAUGAUGUAUGUCUUUUUGGAUGUAUAUGAGAAAUGAAAAUUGGUGUUUUUGAUCGUUUUAA